UUCACUUUUCAUGUUUCCGCUCCUAGGAAAAAAUUACAUGAUUGAUGUCCAGAAUACGGGUCGAAAAAUUUUUUUUUAUAUUGGUAGCCUUGAAUCCGGAGUUUUGCAUCUUUCUCACAUGAGGGAUACUUCUAAAUCUAGGAAAAGUGAAUCUAGAUCAUCAAUAGGUUCAUCAAUUCUUAAAUCACAUAAACCACGACAAGCAUUGCAAAGUGUGGAUUUUGAUUCCUCACUCGAUGAAAACAGUCCAACAACAGUUAGUCCAAAACUUAAAAGACGCGUUAGCUUUGCUGAGAAAAAACAUGUCAAACAGUUUUGUCAUCUUACUGAUCAAGGACUGACUGUAUGGGAUAGUACAUAUGAGGAGCAUGACAUUAGUCCUAAAGGAUUCAAUGACAUAAAAGAAGGAUCUGUGAUACUAAAUGAGAAGUCUCAACCAGGAAAAAUAAAAAUUUUAAAUAUAUCUGAUGUUUCUCAUGUAUCUAGAAGUACAACAUUGAGUAAUAAUAUUGUAUCAUAUAGAAACUCUGAUGGGAAAGAAAACUGUGUGAGUGAUAUUGGUGAAAAAUAUUCUGAAUCAUGUUUCAACAAUAUUGAGUCUGAAUUAGACAAAACAUGUAUUAAAGAUGUAUCUAUGGAGUUUACGACAGCAAUACCUACAUCUUUAGCAAUUUCAUCCAUAAAAGAGCAUGUAGUGAAAAACAGAAACAUGUCUUUAAAUAAUUCAUCUACAAAUUGCUGUAAUGUGUCGAUGGAAAUUACAGAGGCUUUACCAGGAUCUAUGGCAUCUACCAGUUGUAAUUUAGGAAUUUUUGAGCAGACAUCAACAAUGGUACCAAAUUAUAAAAAUGCAAAACAUGACAUUACAAAUAACAUUCAUGAGAAUACAAUAUUUCCAAUAAAUGAUGUUUCUCAUGUAUCUAGAAGUACAACAUUGAGUAAUAAUAUUGUAUCAUAUAGUAACUCUGAUGGGAAAGAAAACUGUGUGAGUGAUAUUGGCGAAAAAUAUUCUGAAUCAUGUUUCAACAAUAUUGAGUCUGAAUUAGACAAAACAUGUAUUAAAGAUGUAUCUAUGGAGUUUACGACAGCAAUACCUACAUCUUUAGCAAUUUCAUCCAUAAAAGAGCAUGUAGUGGAAAACAGAGACAUAUCUUUAAAUAAUUUAUUUACAAAUUGCUGUAAUGUGUCGAUGGAAAUUACAGAGGCUCUACCAGGAUCUAUGGCAUCUACCAGUUGUAAUUUAGGAAUUUUUGAGCAGAUAUCAACAAUGGUACCAAAUUAUAAAAAUGCAAAGCAUGACAUUACAAAUAACAUUCAUGAGAAUACAAUAUUUCCAAUAAAUGCAAAAUCGAAUAUCCUUUCUAAAAGUAUUGUUUUUGAUCGAAAGCAAGAUGCAAACUAUGCUAAUGAUUCGAUGGCAUUAACAACUGUAAUACAGUCUACAAAUACCGAUACAUGUUAUACGAACGAUAUAGCUUUUAAUACUUCAAUGGAAAUGACUGAUAUAGCAUCAAAAAUGUAUGAAAACGAUAUUUCACAUUCUUAUAAUAAAAGUGCGAAGUGCAGCACUGUAAAUAAUGUCCACGAUAGCACAAUAAAUACACAAUUCAGUAUUGCUGAACAGAAAAAGGAUGCAAAUUAUACUAAUAAUUCGAUGGUGCUAACAACCAUGAUACAACCUACAAACACUGUCGUGUGUCAUAAUACAACUUUCGAUACCUCAAUGGAAAUUACUGCUGCUGUAACAUCUAAGAUAUAUGCAGGAGAUAUUCGACAUUGUUGCAGCGAAAGUAUAGUUGAAAGAAAUGAUUUGAAAAAUGUUGAUACUGAUGAAACCGAGUUUUUCAAUGAUGUAUCGAUAGAAAUGACGAGACCUGUAAAUAUAUGUACACCAUCUUCUUAUAAUAAGGAGAAUCUGAGAAUGGUUGAAUCAAGAUCUAGAAACGAUAAAACUGCACUUUUUCUUAAUACGUCCAUGGAAAUGACUGAAGUGGUAUCAUCAAGAAACAGAGAGGUUAAUUUAGUUGCAUGUAAGUUAAUAUCCGACAAAAAUACACAAGCAGAAAAAGAUAUAUCUACAGAGUUUAUUGUAAAAAAUACAACUGAUUUUCAGUCAAAUCUUGAAGAUAGCAUAAACGACAUUAGCGAAUGUAACUUUUUGACAAACAGUCUAUCAUACUUGAAAGACAGUUCUGCAGAACUAGAAUCGAUUGAACCACCUUUGUUUGUAUGUUUAGACAGCGAAGAAGAGAAUUCUUUUCAUAGUUUGCACCAAGACAAACCUCAGACAUUAAGAAUUGCCGAUGAUGCAUUAGUCAAUAAUAGUUAUAAUAAUUCUGAUCAAUCAACAAAUAGUAAAAGAGAAUUUGUGGAUCUUGAAACGGAAGCGCUAACAAAUAAUCAGAACAAUCAAGCGAAAGAUUAUUAUGAAAGCAUUACAGCGAAUAAAACUGAAAAUAACCAGGAAGUUGAUUGUCAUGUAAUAAAAAAAGCUCGAAUAGAAAAAGGAAAAUGCAGUCGGCAAAAAUAUUUGAAUAAAAGCAUGGAAGUAAAACAAUAUAUUGAUACUCUCGAUAAGACAGAAGUAAUAAUUAAAGAGAAAUUAAUUAAAGAGAAAUUAAUUAAACAUAUUGAGAAAUAUUGCAAAGAGAGUUCAAAUGCAGUACAAAUUAUGGAACGAGAAGAAGAAUGUAUAGAGAAAAGGCCUGAAGCAGAACAAAGUGUUGGCCUGAUUAAAGACGAGUUUGUAAUCAAUCAAGAUUGGUUUCUGUCAUUAUUUCAGAAAUUAGAAAUACAUGGCAAUAGCGAUUAUUGCAUUUGGAACGUAUAUCACAAGAAUAUCGACAGGAGAAUAAUCACAUUUGGUUUUAUGGCGAAUUCGUUAUUGAUAGUAAUGUAUUUGUCGAAUUGUACGGAAGAGAUUUUAAAGAUUCAAAAAAUCUCAAUUAUUUCCCGCGUUACAGAUGAUUCAGGUGUGCUAAUAAAGAUAGUUCACAAGUUAAUUCUGGAAAAAUUAAAUGCGGAAACACUUAUGGAUUUCUGCAAAACUCAAGAAGAUAUUCUUCCAAUGUUAGAUUUUGUUUCGCAAGAUAUAACACUAGUAAUGGAUUUUAUGUUUGACUUGAAACGUUUGAAUAGCUUGAACUUAAUGGAGAUUAGCACUGAUGAAAUUACGUUUAUCUCUCGAAGCAAACAUAUGGACAUUGUACUGAAAAUUACAAUUAAAGUUAAAUGCUUUAACAAAUUGACAUCAAAUGAUAUCGAUGUUCAUUGCUUGCUGGGUACAGUAAGAGAAAAACAAGUUAGAAAUUUGAUUACAAAUGUAAAAAAGGAUUGUAAGUUCCUAACGAGAUACAUGAAUGAUGUCAAGAAUUAUCUCGAUAUAGUGGAAGACACAUUCAAAUAAAUUAAGAGAGAAGAGAUUUUAGAUCAAUUUUCUUUUGAGGACUAUUCAUGCCUCUUAUUAUAAAGUGAAUUAAAUAUAAUAUUGCAUUUUUACUAUUAUAGGUAAUUGCAUGCAGUCAUUCGGAAAUUAAUAUUUUAAUUAAUAUAGUAUUUUAUAUUUUUAU